AUGGAUGGUGGUGAUGAUCACUUCCACCAUCGCCCAAACUUCCCUUUUAAACUACUUGAAAAGAAAGACGAUGAAGCUGCCAGCUGCUCCUCCUCCGGCACUGCUGCAUACCCUUCUCUUGCCAUCUCCGCCGACACUAAUCUAAACCCUGGGCUUAGAUCCAACACCUCUAAUAUGCAAAUUAUAACCACCGCCACCACUUCCUCCGCCGAGCCUUCAAAGAAACAACCCCCCAAGAGAACAUCCACCAAAGAUCGGCAUACAAAGGUCGAUGGCCGCGGCCGCCGUAUCCGUAUGCCGGCUUUAUGUGCCGCAAGGGUUUUCCAGCUUACCCGUGAGCUUGGACACAAGUCUGACGGUGAAACCAUUGAGUGGCUCCUGCAACAGGCUGAACCUUCCGUCAUCGCAGCCACCGGAACUGGUACUAUCCCGGCGAACUUUACUUCACUCAAUAUCUCACUCCGGAGUUCUGGGUCAAGUAUGUCGGUUCCGUCGCAGCUACGAUCCACUUAUUUCAAGCCGAAUUUCACUCUCCCACAAAGGAGGAAUCUUUUUCCUGGAAUUGGGUUAUCUCCAUCGGAGAAUUCUUCAUCUAAUCUUUUGAGUUUUGGGUCGACGAUGAAUCUGAAUCAGAUGUUACAAGCGAAGCAAGAAAUGAGGGAUAAUACGGUCGAGUUAUCAGAGAUGGAGGAGGGAAUGGGAAGGAAACGACGGCCUCCGAUGGAGCUGGAUUUAUCGUCACAACACCAACAACAGAUGGGAAACUAUUUGAUGCAGUCAAGCGCCGGAGCGAUGGCGGCUAGUCACCCAUCGAUUCCGGCGAACUUUUGGAUGGUCUCUAAUCCUAACCAACACCAAGUCAUGAACGGCGACCCUAUCUGGACUUUUCCGAACGUAAAUAACAGUGCUGCUGUGUAUAGAGGAACGGUUUCAAGUGGCUUACAUUUUAUGAAUUUUCCGACACCCGUCGCGCUUCUGCCUAGUCAACAACUAGGAGCGGGAAUCGGCGGUAACAAUGGUGGUGGUGGUGGUGGUAGUGGUUGUUAUAGUGAAGGGCAAUUGAACAUGCUUGCUGGAUUAAAUCCUUAUCGGCCAAUAUUCGGUCCAGGGUUAUCUGAACCUACGGCGAGUGGGUCUGAAUCUCAGUCUCACCACCGCAGCGGCGGUGGCGGUGAUGAUCGGCAUGAUACAACCAGCCACAACUCGUAG